AACAACAGCACAGAUGGCACUCCGGACCCAUGCAAUUGUUCCGCCUUUGUUUGCCUGCUAUUAUCAAAUCCAAGAUAAGCUUUUGGAAGAAAUUCAAUUUGAUAUUCCUCUUCUUCCUUCUGAGAAAACUGAUAUUGCCGUUUUACUCCUUCACACUAUUCUGCAUUAUUCUCCCAAUGACAAUGUUCAUCCCAGAGGCUGAGCUCCCAGCAUGGGUUGUGUGCUACAUCCCGGCGACAAUGUCGUUUCUCAAUAUCCUCCCAGCUCCAAAAUCAUUUCCCUUCAUAGUCCCAUACCUUCUCUUUGAGAACACCAUGUCAGUGACCAAGUUCAACGCCAUGAUCUCGGGGCUAUUCCAGCUCGGAAGUGCUUAUGAGUGGGUUGUGACCAAGAAAUCCGGCCGCUCAUCCGAGGGUGAUCUUGUCUCCCUGGUUGAGAAAGAGGGAAAACACCAAAGAGGGGUCUCAGUUCCCAAUCUUCAGGAAAUGAAAGAGGAGAUUACACAACAAGAGAAGAAAGCCUCUAAGAAGAAGAAGCACAAUAGAAUAUACACAAAGGAAUUGGCACUAGCUUUCCUUCUACUAACAGCGUCAGCAAGAAGUCUCCUUUCAGCUCAGGGUAUCCAUUUCUACUUCUUGCUGUUUCAAGGGAUAUCUUUCUUGCUUGUUGGGCUUGACUUGAUUGGCGAGCAGGUUCAGUGAAUAAUAUAACAUGAAUAGGAUUCUCUUAAAGCAGAAAAUAGAUGGUUGAAAUGGAUAUGAAACCAAUGGGGUUUUGUCCAAGUGCUAAAGACUCAAAUGUUUUAUUGACACGAAACGGCCAAAUGGGGUGACGCUUUCCUUCUUGCUUAGACUCAACCCUCAGGCACGCCAAUCCGUUAAGUUAAAACCCAAGAUUGGGAAAGGGGCAAUAAGCAGAUAAGGACGUCAUUUAUUAAGGGGGAAAUGGUGAUUCCUCUUCACUGUUUCUUAUUAGGCUUCUACUUUUUCUCUUUCUUUU